AUGGCUCGUACUAAGCAAACUGCUCGGAAGUCUACUGGUGGCAAGGCGCCACGCAAACAGCUGGCCACUAAGGCAGCCCGCAAGAGCGCUCCGGCCACUGGCGGCGUGAAAAAGCCUCACCGCUACCGGCCCGGCACUGUGGCUCUGCGCGAGAUCCGCCGUUAUCAGAAGUCCACUGAACUGCUCAUUCGUAAACUACCUUUCCAGCGCCUGGUGCGCGAGAUUGCGCAGGACUUUAAAACAGACCUGCGUUUCCAGAGCUCCGCUGUGAUGGCUCUGCAGGAAGCGUGCGAGGCCUACUUGGUGGGGCUGUUUGAGGACACCAACCUGUGUGCCAUCCACGCCAAGCGCGUCACUAUCAUGCCCAAGGACAUCCAGCUCGCCCGCCGCAUCCGCGGAGAGCGGGCGUGAUUACUCUGGCAGCUCUGACUGUCCAAGCAAAGGCUCUUUUCAGAGCCACCACCUUUUCAAGUAAAGUAGCUGUAAGAAACCAAUUUAAGACAUAGGGGAAUGCAUUGGGAGCACUUUUCGUUUUAAUGCUUGCCACGGAAGGCUUCAAAACCAUUCGAUUUCGGCCGGUCGCGGUAACUCACGCCUGUGAUUCAAGCACUUUGGGAGGCUGAGGCGGGCGGAUCACCGGAGAUCAGGAGUUCGGGAUCAGCCUGGCCAAUAUGGCCGAA